AUGUUGAGGGACUUCAAAUUCUUGCGGAGAAAUUCCGGUAAGAAUCAAAAUACGGAAGAAAUUGAGAAUGUACCUGUAGUUGAAAACCCUAGGCAUUCAUUGGGUUCUCAGACCAGCAUCGAGUCGUCGAGGCCUCCGUUAAGCACAAUUCAAGAACCGAUUCAGGGUUUUAAAUCUAGUGUAGGACAUGAUGUGGGUGGAAAAAGUACAAAAAUAGAUACAACACCCACUAAGUCAAAAGGAAGGGAUUCCGAUCCAGGAAUGCCAAUUUUCCGUACCCCGGAAAAGCAAGGAGUUUCAGGGAAGAAUCGAUUUGGGUGGGCUCAGAAGAAUGAAUCAAGCUCAAAUUCCAUGGAAUUUCGUGACGAUGGAAAGUUUGCGAAUGGGGGUUUUACUCCUCGAUCAACUAGGACUGUGGGGAGAGCUAAUUCAAGUUAUUCAGAGUGCAAUUCUACACAGAGCACACCAACUAAGAGUGUGUCCAAGCCUCCGAAUCCAGGAUUUUGUUUGACCAGUGGUUCUAGACCUCCUGUCAAUGGAGGUGCUCGUAUGGCCAACUUUGUUGCAUUGUCUAAAGGGGUCCCAAUUUUGGGUAAUUCGUCAACUGUAGUUAACACAGUUGAUGUGCCCCAUUUUGAACUCAAAGAAGAUCCAUCAUUCUGGAUGGAGCACAGCGUACAAGUUUUGAUACGCGUCCGCCCCCUAAAUAACACGGAGAGGAGUACCUAUGGUUACAAUAGGUGCUUGAAGCAGGAGAGUGCACAAUGCAUCACCUGGAUUGGGCAACCUGAAACUCGAUUUACAUAUGAUCAUGUAGCAUGUGAAACUGUAGAUCAGGAAACGCUUUUUAGGAUGGUUGGUCUGCCUAUGGUGGAGAAUUGCUUGUCUGGAUACAAUAGCUGUAUGUUUGCCUAUGGGCAGACGGGCAGCGGGAAGACUUUUACAAUGCUUGGUGAGAUUGAAGAGUUAGAAGUUAAGCCCAGUCCGAAUCGUGGAAUGACACCACGUAUAUUUGAGUUCUUGUUUGCAAGAAUCAGAGCGGAAGAGGAAAUCCGAAGGGACGAGAGAUUAAAAUACAAUUGCAAAUGUUCUUUCUUAGAAAUUUACAACGAACAAAUUACUGAUCUCCUUGAUCCUUCGUCCACAAAUUUGCUACUGCGAGAGGAUAUUAAGAAGGGUGUGUACGUUGAAAAUCUCUCAGAAUUUGAAGUCCAGACUGUUGGUGACAUUCUUAAGCUUCUAAGUCAGGGUUCUUCUAAUAGGAAAGUUGCUGCCACGAAUAUGAAUAGAGAGAGCAGCCGUUCCCACAGUGUAUUGACAUGUGUAAUUGAGAGUAGGUGGGAAAAAGAUUCCACCACUAAUUUACGAUUUGCAAGACUAAACCUUGUUGACCUUGCUGGUUCGGAAAGGCAGAAAACUUCUGGUGCUGAGGGUGAACGUCUAAAAGAAGCAGCAAGCAUCAACAGAUCAUUAUCUACGCUAGGUCAUGUGAUAAUGGUUCUCGUGGAUGUGGCACAAGGGAAGCCACGGCAUGUUCCCUAUAGAGAUUCAAGACUUACAUUCCUUCUUCAGGAUUCCUUGGGCGGUAACUCGAAAACAAUGAUAAUUGCCAAUGUCAGCCCUUCUAUCUGCUGUGCUGCUGAGACACUGAACACGUUGAAGUUUGCUCAGAGAGCAAAACUGAUUCAAAACAAUGCUGUAGUCAAUGAAGAUUCUGCAGGAGAUGUCACUGCACUACAUCAUCAAAUACGGCUUCUGAAGGAGGAGCUUUCUGCUCUCAAACACCAGAAUGUGUCCCGGUCUCUAUUGUUCGGUCCAAAACUCAUUGGAGACACCAGAGAAGAACAUGAAAAUAAUUGCAAUGAAAAGGCAAUAGAUGGGGAUCAGCUGAGAAAUUAUACUUUGCUUGGAAGUGAAUCCAAAGGUGUUCUGAGAAUGUCUUCUAAGCAGCUGAAGUCAUUGGAGACGACGCUUGCUGGGGCUUUGAGGAGGGAACAGAUGGCAGAAACUUCUAUCAAACAACUUGAAGCUGAAAUCGAACAGUUGAACCGUUUGGUUCGUCAAAGAGAGGAGGAUACCAGGUGCACAAAGAUGAUGUUGAAGUUUCGGGAAGACAAAAUUCAACGCAUGGAGUCUCUUCUUGGUGGCUUAACGCCUGCAGAUGCUUACUUGCUGGAAGAGAACAAUGCACUCUCGGAAGAGAUUCUGCUGCUUCGUGCUAAAGUUGAUAAGAACCCAGAAGUGACUCGCUUUGCCCUGGAAAAUAUCAGGCUUUUAGAACAACUUAGGAGAUUUCAAGACUUCUAUGAAGAAGGGGAGAGAGAAAUGGUGUUGGCUGAAGUAGCUGAACUGCGGGAUCAGCUAGUUCUCUUUCUUGAUGGGAACUUGAAGCAGCAUAACCCUUUGAACAUGGAUAUGCCACCACCUCAGGAAACUAUAUCAAUCAGUAAGGAAAAUGAUUUGCUCUGCCUGGAGUUGAAGAAGACUCUCAAUGAGUUAGAGGAAUGCAGGAGCAAAUUAAACUCUUGCCUAGAGGACAAUGCGAAACUCAGCAGAGAAAUUGAUGAUCUUCGUCCUUUGCUUAAUGACCUCAAUCGUAUCCAUGAUCAUGAUGGCAGUGUUGAAGUCAUAAAGGAGUCCAUAUUGGAGGCUCCUUCUUUUGAUGAUCAAUCACUUGAGGCUGAUCAGAAAGAGGAGGGAGAGAUUAAGCAUGAAACUCUGACGAAACACACUGCAGAAAUGAUGGAUUUACAACUGGAGUUGGAUAUACUGAAAAUUAUACUCAAAGAAGAGAAGUCAGCUCGUGGAGAAGUGGAAGAAAGGGCAAAAUGCUUAAACAGGGACUUUGAAAUGGCAGAAGGAAAGGCCAUGUUGUUAGCCAGACAAUGUGAAGAUGUGAAGGAAGAACUCAAGGAAGCAAAAUCCAUUGUCGAAGCUCUUGAGUCACAACAAAUUCUAUCAAUUAAUGAGAUAGAGGAACUUAGAAAUCGAAACAGCCACUAUGCAGAGCUCUUGUGCAAACAGGAGCUUGAAAUUUCUUCAUUAAAAAAGCAAAGCGGUUGUCAAGAGUUAAGAGAUCUCCCGUCUUUCAAGCAUUCAGAAGGUGAAGAUUCCCCUUUACAAGCAAAGUUGAAGAAAAUGCAAGAUUCUCUUGAAAAGGCCAAAAGACUAAAUGUGUGGUACCAAAGUGAUCGUGUGUUUCAUGCAUCUAAUGAGGAAGAAAUGGAGGAAGUUCGUAGGCAGGUUGAAGCUGAAACUGCCGAGGUAAUUGUUUGCUUGCAGGAAGAACUUGCUAUACUUCAGCAACAAGUGCAGGAUAAUAACGUGAAGGAGAUGGAGUCCAACAAGAGGCUGGUGCUAUCACAAACUGAAUUGAAGGAGCUGCAGGAAAAAUCACAUCUGAUGGCCCAAGAUAACAAGAAAUUAGUCGAAAUCCUAGAAGAAAAAGAUGAAGAGUUACGAGUAUUAUCCGAAGAGUGGGAACUUUUGACCAGUGAGAUUGAAGUUGUCCUUUCUGGUGGUCAUGACGCCCUUAAAGAUGCCUCUGAUCAGCUUGAUGUUAUUUGCAGUUCCUUACCACAGAAAAGAACUUGGAUUUCUGAACAGUUAGGCAGGGUGACAAAAUGCAUUUCUGAAAAGGAGAUUUUGAUUGAGGAGCUCAACCGGUGUUUAGAGGAAGCAAACAAUAGAAGAAAUGACAUGGAGUGCAUGCUGAGGUCUUUGAGAGGGGCUGCAUUGGUUAUCACUGAAGCACACCAGCAAGAGAGCAAUGAAAAGGAUAAAGAAAUAUUCCUUUUGACAACUGAGUUGAGUUGUAAAACAUCUGCCACUUCAGAGCUGGAGAGCAGGAUUAGGCAUGGGGAGGAACAACUUAGAAAAGCUUCAACUUGUGCAACUGUUGCUUUUGUGAUUAUUAACAGAUUGUCUGAGCUUAAUCGUCAUCAUUGUGAUGAGUUAAAGCAUAAGGAAAUCCAACUCAAUGAAUCAAUUGGAAAAAUUAUGCAGAAGGAUGCUGUUCUCCAUAAUGAAACUGUGGUAAUUGAUGAAGCAGAGAAACAGAUUCAGUCUCUCCGAAUGAAACUAGAAGUAUCAGAGGAAAGUUGUGGUAACCCAAGGCUGCAACUUUCUGAAGAGCAGAAACAAACAACUGCUAUGGGGCUGAAGCUUCAAGAAAUGGAAGAAAAUAAUAUCUUGGAAACGAGGGAGAAACUAACUGAAUUACAAACAGGUGUUUCAAUGCUAAAAUCAUGCAUUAAUAAGUGUGCGGAGUGUGAUGGAAGUCCUGAGAAACAUGAUGAUGCUAAAAGUCUUGCUUGUAUUCAUGUUGAUGACAAAUGUGAGACACGGACAGGUACCAGAACAAAUCACGGAAUCAGCAGCAUAGAAUCACGUGCUGUUGGGAACAUGAGACCUGAGGUUUCAGUGUCUUCUUUUGAAGGAAGCAAGAAUAUUCCCGAAUAUUCAAGUGAGCAGAAUAAAUGCAUACAUGGAAGGACUUUGAAGGGUGUGAAUGAUAGAGAUGGUACCAUUGUUCUUUUAAAAAAUGAAAUACAAUCUGCCCUUGAAAGUUUGAAAGGAGUGCAAGCUGAGAUCGCAAAACUACGUGAUGAGAAAGAACAGGUCUGGAAUUCUGAAAAGCAGAGUCGGGAGAAUAUUGAAUCUCUAGUAACCCAGGCACUUUCGUUACAAUAUGCUAUGGGUAGCUUUCAAGAGGAAUUUGAACUCAAAAUGGUUUCUUUGGAACAUAAGAUGCGGGGAGUUCAAGAAAAUGUGCAAGAAGCUGGCACUUCCUGGCUCCAGAAAAAUGAGUUAUUCGAGCUAGAACUUGGUGAAGCACAAGUGGUUGCAGCUCAGAAAACAGCAGAAGCUUCUUUUAUUUUGGCUAAAUAUGAAGAGGCCCAAGACACCAUGAAAGAAGCAGAUAUUAUGAUAAAUGAGUUGGUAAUAGCAAAUGAAACUAUGAAGCUUGAGCUUGAAGGACUAAAGAAAAAGGAGGUUACCUUUAUCAAUGAAAGGGACAUUCUAAGCAACGAGGUUCAGAGCUUGCAAUUUGAAAAAAGUGAGAAGGAUUGGCAUCAUGAAAACCUUCAAAAAGAGCUUGAAUCAGAUAUUAUGGGAAUGAAGACACUGGUCCAGGAGCUCGAGUGUACAGUUUCGCAAGUCCAGACAACUAUCAAGGAAGAUUUUAUGUCUAUGGCCUCUGAUUUCUUCUGCGUAAAGUCUCAGCUUUAUGACUCAACUAAGUUGAUGCGGUCAUGUCUUGAAGAUAUUUGGUCUGAGAUUAUUGUUAAGGAUUGUGCUAUGUCAGUGUUACACCUUUGUCACAUGGGCAUACUUCUGGAAACAGUAACUGGGUUGAAUGCAGAAAAUGGUUUACUUCUUCAUGGACAGUGUGAAUCAAGCUCUAUUAUAUCUGAGUUAAGGGAGCACAAUUUUAAAUCUAGAAGAGAGCUAGAAAUGUGUAGAAUCCUGAAGGGGAAACUUCUGACUGACAUCAAGAACAGUUUCGAUCGUAUCUCAAGGCAAGAAGAUGAAACUGGGGAGCUCAAUGUCAAACUAACCACUUAUGAAAAGAAAAUAUUAGAUCUACAGCUUCAAGAGGAGGUAAUGUUGCAAAGGUCUAAUAAUAUGGGAUCUGAGCUUGCUGUGCUAAUGAAGGAGUUGGAUUUAAGCAACAGAAAUGUUUUGGCAUCCCUUGUGGAUCAAGAAAAAUUGGUGAAGGGUAAAAACGAACUCUUAAAAUCUCAGGAGGAGCUUUUUGUGUUGGAAUUGAUUUCAAAAGACAUUGAGUUGCUUAUCUUGGCAUCAGAGUUGGAACAGAUGGCUGUUCAAAACACUAAUGUGCAGAAAGAGCAUGUAAUUCUUUGUACAUUAUUUGAGGACUUCAAGACUGAUAUUAUUUUACUCAAAGUGGAUGCAGAGUUGAAAGAAUGCAUCUUGCAAGACAAGGAAGUUGAGGUUGUUUCUUUGCAGGAAGAAGUUGAACAAGCUCAGAGGGAGCAGCAGAAUUUGAUUUCACUGAUCGACCAAAGGAAGUUGGAAAUUUCCCAGAUGGAUGAAGUAAACAAAUCUCUUGAGCAGGAUAUUAAGUUGCUCAAAGAUUUUGCUUGUUCAAAUUAUGCUUUGAAGGUUGAACUUGAUGAAGUGAUGGAAGUAAAGAUGAAUCUGUUAUCUCAGUUCCAAAAACUUGAAUCUGAAUAUAACAAAUUAAUAGAAGAAAUGAAGAGGAAGGAACAAGGUCUCGAAAUUUCUUCUAGUUGUAUCUCUGGCCUUGAUCAACAGAACCAAAAAUUGCAGAAUGACAUUUGCUUACUGGAACAAUCAUCAAGCAAACUCCAAAAAGAGUUGGACCUGAAAGAUUCAGAGUUUGGAAAAAUGAGCUUGCUUGAGGAGAAGAACGAGUCCCUGGAAUGCGAGGUAAGAAAGAUACAGGCAGAAUACUGUAUAGUUCUUCAAAACUUGGAGGAGAAAAAUUCUGAGCUUGAAUCAUCUUUAAGAAACAAAAAUGUGAGUGAAAUGGAGAAUCAUAGAUUGCACGAACAAAUUGUUUCCUUGGAGAAUUGCAUUGCCAAUUUACAGGUUGAUCUUGAUUCAGUAAAUGUGGAACUCAAUGAACUCCGACUAAAUCAGUUGGACCUGAAAGAUUCAGAGUUUGGAAAAAUGAGCUUGCUUGAGGAGAAGAACGAGUCCCUGGAAUGCGAGGUAAGAAAGAUACAGGCAGAAUACUGUAUAGUUCUUCAAAACUUGGAGGAGAAAAAUUCUGAGCUUGAAUCAUCUUUAAGAAACAAAAAUGUGAGUGAAAUGGAGAAUCAUAGAUUGCACGAACAAAUUGUUUCCUUGGAGAAUUGCAUUGCCAAUUUACAGGUUGAUCUUGAUUCAGUAAAUGUGGAACUCAAUGAACUCCGACUAAAUCAGUUGGACCUGAAAGAUUCAGAGUUUGGAAAAAUGAGCUUGCUUGAGGAGAAGAACGAGUCCCUGGAAUGCGAGGUAAGAAAGAUACAGGCAGAAUACUGUAUAGUUCUUCAAAACUUGGAGGAGAAAAAUUCUGAGCUUGAAUCAUCUUUAAGAAACAAAAAUGUGAGUGAAAUGGAGAAUCAUAGAUUGCACGAACAAAUUGUUUCCUUGGAGAAUUGCAUUGCCAAUUUACAGGUUGAUCUUGAUUCAGUAAAUGUGGAACUCAAUGAACUCCGACUAAAUCAGUUGGACCUGAAAGAUUCAGAGUUUGGAAAAAUGAGCUUGCUUGAGGAGAAGAACGAGUCCCUGGAAUGCGAGGUUGAUCUUGAUUCAGUAAAUGUGGAACUCAAUGAACUCCGACUAAAUCAGUUUUCAGUUAAGGAAGAGUUGUGCUCAAAAGGCCAUGAGUUGCAAGUCCAUGUUGAUACUUUGAAGGAAGAUAAUGUUUGCUUGAGAAGUGAACUUCGAUCUUGUGAGAAGAAUAAUUAUGAAGUUCUCACAACUUUGAAUUCAAAGACAACGAGGAGUGUAAAUUCCAUGAACGCUGUAGAUAUGGGGAGCAGCAAAAUAUUUAAUCUAUUGAGUGGAGAAAGUGUUGCACUAGAACAAAUAUUUGGCGACAUACAAAAAAAUGUGGAAAGGACAUCCAAAUUCAUAGAAGAGAUUGAGUGCUUGGAAAAUCUUGCUGAAGAGCUGAUAUCCGAAAAUCUGUCUCUUCAAACUGAGUUGUCAAGGAAGGAUGACAUUUUAGAAGGAUUAUCAUUUGAUUUGAGAUUGCUUCAGGAGUCUGCAUCUAAUAUUAAGGACCAAAAAGAUGAAAUUGAAGAAUUGGUGGUCUCUUUAGAGGCUAUAGAACAUGAGCUUGCCGUAAGAUCACAUGAGCUCAAUGAAGCUGUUGCUAGAGGCCAAUUACUUGAAUCUCAGUUGCAGGAAAAGAUGGGCAUUAUCUCCACCCUUGAGUUGGAUGUUUCAAAAGAACGAGGUUUUGUAAAAUCUCUCUCCUGUAAGAACCAUGAGCUGACAACCGACAUUGACGAUGCCUUAGAAGCAAAACGGUCUGUGGAGAAGGAACUAACGGAAAGAAGGAAGACAAACGAGUGCUUAGAAAUUGAGCUUGUUGAAAUGGGAACAGCUCUGAGCCAAAUGAACAAUUUGUUUGAAUCCUUGACAAGCAAUUUGAAUGCAAUUACUUGUGAAAGGGAUGAACUCCAAGCAGAAAUUUUGAUUUUGAAGAAGGAGUUGGAGAUGGCACAAGCUCUUGCUGAAGAAAAUGAAGCAAUUGCUGUAGAGGCACGACAGGUAGCUCAAACCACAAAAAAUUAUGCUGAAGACAAGGAAGAGGAGGUGAAACUAUUAGAGAGGUCUGUGGAAGAGCUAGAAAGCACUGUGGAUGUGCUAGAAAGCAAGGUUGACAUUGUCAAAGGAGAAGCUGAGCGUCAACGGUUGCAAAGAGAAGAGCUAGAAUUGGAGCUUCAUGCUGUAAAAGAGCAGAUGCAGAAGGUCAAAAGUACUGAUGCUGACAUGGAAAGGUUUGCCGACGAGAGAGAGAAAAACCUUCAGGAAGCUGUUCAGCGAAUUCAUCUACUUGAAAAGGAAAUAGCUGCCAGGGAUGCAGAGAUUGCCCAAUGUAAAACACAUAUCUCUGAGCUAACUUUGCAUGCGGAGGCACAGGCUUGCGAAUACAAGCAAAAGUUCAAAGCAUUGGAAGCUAUGGCUGAGCAAGUCAAACCUGAGGGCCAAACUAUCCAUGUGACAAAUUCGUCAACGAACAAAUCAGAGAAAAAUGGCUCAAAGUCGAGGGGUUCUGGUUCGCCUUUCAAAUGCAUUGGACUGGGUUUGGUCCAACAAAUAAAGUCCGAGAGGGAAGAGGAACUCACUGCUGGCAGAUAUCGUAUUGAAGAGCUUGAAGCCUUAGCUGCAAGUCGGCAAAAAGAGAUAUUCAUCUUGAAUGCAAGAUUAGCUGCUUCAGAGAGUAUGACCCAUGAUGUUAUUCGCGAUUUGUUGGGAUUGAAGCUGGAUAUGAACAGUUAUGCGUCUUUGCUGGAUGAUUAUCAACUGCAAAAGAUAGCUGAAAUGGCUCAACUUCAGAAUGUUGAAGGCCAAGUUAAGGAUCAGGAGGUGAUCAAGCUAAAGCAGAAGCUGGACGAGUUUGUUGAGGAGAGGAGAGGAUGGCUAGAGGAAAUUGACAAAAAGCAGGCUGAGAUGGUGGCAGCAAAAUUUGCACUGGAAAAACUUCAUCACCGAGAUCGGUUACUAACAACUGAAAAUGAAAUGCUCAAGAUGGAAAAUGCUAAUUCCAAGAAUACAGUCAUGGAACUUGAAGCUGAAAUAAAGAAAUUAUCCGGCCAGCAAAACCUCCAGCAACGUAUUCAUCAUCAUGCCAAAAUUAAGGAGGAAAAUAAUUUGCUGAAAAUCCAGAAUGAAGAGCUUAGUAGUAAGCUUCGACGGACAGAGGGUAUUGUUCAACGUGUCAAGGAGGAACUUGCACACUUUCGUGCAGCCAAUGGAAAAAACCCCUACAUCAAUUUGGAUGAUGAGCAACGAUUGAACGACAAACUGAAGGAGACUGAAGAGGAAAGGCUGCAACUAGCACAAAAGUUAUUAGGCCUUUGUAUCAGCAUUUUAAAGGCUGCUGGAAUAACACCACAAGCAUAUGAUGUAAACCUCUCUAUGGCUGAAGAAGCACUUGAGCAGCUCAAGCAUCGGGUCAAUUCCCUGGAAAGAGAAUUGCAAGAUGAGAAAUUUAAGAAUAGAAUUACCAAUGAAAGAAUCCGGUUGUCUGAGCUCAAGCCACAACCUUCUCCAUUGAGCUCAAGGGGAGACGAGACACGUCAAACUCCAAAUAGACAGUCUCAAACUCCAUUUCUUUCUGCUUUAGAUCGAUGA